AUGGCAAAAGCCUGCCACCAACAGGUGCUGGCUCAUCCGUCGCCCAAGGCAGACGGCAGCGCCAAGCGGCAACCAGACGCAGGUUCGCAAGCCCCGAAACAUGUCUGCCUCAGCGGUAAGGAGCUCGAGGAGUUCCGCACGCGGCAGUGCCCCAUGUACGUCAAGGGCGCAUGCUCGGACAGCAUCCGCUGCAGCAUGUCGCACAGCGAAACGUGGCCCCGCCGCAACCCCUCGCUGUUCAAGUACGACUACAAGCUGUGCCCCAACAUACAGUUUUUGAGGACGGAGAACAAGAUGCAGCUGCAGGGCAAGUGCCACUACGGGCGGCGCUGCAAGUUCUCGCACUCCAAGGAGGAACAGCUGUACCACCCCGACCUGUACAAAACGCGCAUGUGCCUCAACUACCCCGCCUGCAAGGGCUACUUCUGCCCCUUCGCGCACUCCAAGGCGGAAAUGAGGGACCGUAAGGAGGGCGGCGGCAGCGCGAACAAGGACAAGGCGCCGAAGGCAGCGGAGCCGGAGCAGGCCGCUCCGGCGGCGGCCCCCGCGCGUGCCCAGUUGGAGGAGACGCAAUACGCGUCGACCGAACCUAAAAUGAAGGAAAUGCAGUCGCAAAUGAUCAGCGAAGCGUGGAGCUCGCUCUACAACGCAGAGUACAAAAAUGCAGAUUAUAAAUUUUUGGACGUGAACUCACUGAACUCAACCGUUGGAUCACCAAACACCGUGACGACGCAGGAAAUGUCUGCCAACAUAGAUUUCGAUAUUAACGCCACCUUUGAGGAUACGCUCCUGGGUCACGAGGACGUGACCGACCUGGAGGAGCGGAACCUCAGGUUCCUCAACGCCUACUUCGCACGGCGCGUGAGGGACCUGGACGAAAACCAGGCGGCUGUUAGCAGUACGAUAACCACGGCACCACAACGCAAACAACCCGCAAACGUGGUUUGUAACAGCCGUGACAAUCAGGCUGUGGAGGACGACGACGAAGACGGAUGGCUGGAAGACGUGCUCCAAACGGGGCUGCAGCUCCUCCGGCAAGACACCUACGAGCCCCUAAACCGGGAACCCACCUCCUCGCAAUCACCCUGCCCCGUCUGCAAACGUUCUCGGGAGGUGUGUAACCACCGCGACCGACUGGCUCAAAGCAGCUGGAUGUGA